AUGUUGGCAUUGCUUCUAAUUUGCUUUGUCUGUGCACAAGGAGCCACGACCUCAAGGUCCAACAUCAUCUCUCCCGUGGCCAUAAUCAAAUCUCAAGCUGAGCAACAGACAGAUGGUUCUUAUUACUUUGCCUAUGAGGCAGCUGAUGGCAGUUAUCGCCAAGAGGUUGGCCUAAUUGCCGGUCCCGAGAGUGAAUUGGAUAUUUCUGGUGCAUAUGGCUAUAUCAAUGAUAAUGGUGAUCACGUGCAGUUGCCUUUAUAUCUCUGCCUGGUGGCACUUUGUAUGGUCUCUUCCCUGCCAUUGGAUAAUAGUGAAAAGGAAGUGAUUCCAAUUUUAAAAUCCGAGACAAAUAAAUAUGAGGAUGGCAGCUAUAAAUUGGAAUAUGAAACCGGAGAUGGUACAAAACGUGAAGAGCAGGCUUCGGUUAUAAAUCAGGGCACCGAUGAGGAGGCUCUUGAGGUAAAAGGAUCCUACAAGUAUAUCAAUGAAGAUGGUCAGGAAGUGGAGGUAUUCUAUACGGCUGGUGUAAAUGGUUUUGUUCCCUAUGGUUCCAUAAUCAAUUCAGAGAUCACAGCCGUGGCCGAGGCAGCUAAGGAUUUGCCCAAGGAAGUGCCAAGUGAUUUGAAGGCGUAA